AGAAGUCUUUCAUUUAGAUGACUGACUAAGUGGACACUUCACUUCACCACAGACCAGCUUGCCACCUCCCAUAUGAAAAAUGGAAUAUAGAUAUACUGCAAAUCACAAGGUCUGCUCAACACCUUAAAAAGCCUCACCUGGGUCAGAAACGUUUACUCAGCUCUUUAAGGCAAAUCCCAAUUCCAGAAGAAGGAAGCAGAGUCUAGAACAAAUCUGUGUAAGAGUCUUCUUCAGCCUUGGUCAGCUCUCUACCUGUAGCCCUGAAGAUGGGAGAAAGGAACGCAAGUGGAAAAUUCCCAAGCAUGGAUCCCAUCACCCCAGCCUGGAGCACUGACACCACAACAAUAAAUGAAACGUACUACACUAGAAACUUACCCUGUAUUGGCUCCAUCCGCAUUAUUUUGUAUAUUCUUGAAGCUGUCAUUGCCAUGGUUGGGCUGGCAGGAAAUGCCAUAGUGCUAUGGCUUCUGAGCUUCCACAUACAAAGGAAUGCCUUCUCUGUUUAUGUCCUCAACCUGGCUGGGGCUGACUUUCUCUCCCUCAGCUUUCUGACUGUGCAUUCCCUGAAACAUAUCCAUUUUUAUUUCCAUGCCAUGUACUUCGGUAUGCCCAUCUAUUUUGUCAAUGUAUUCAUCUUUGCUUACCUUGCAGGUAUGUGUAUUAUUGCAGCAAUCAGUGCUGAGCGCUGCCUAUCUGUUUUGUGGCCCAUCUGGUAUCGCUGCCAACGACCAAGACACUUAUCAGGUGUCAUAUGUGCCCUGCUCUGGGCCUUCUCUCUACUGUUGACUCUCCUGUUAGGGAAUGAUUGCGGCCUUCUAAAUUACAAUUAUAACCAUUCUUUCUGUAGGAGUUAUAAUUUUAUCACUGCUGCAUUUGUGAUAGUAUUAUCUGUGGUUCUUUGUGGAUCUAGCCUGGCCCUGUUGGUCAGGAUCUUCUGUGGCUCACAAAGAAUUCCUGUGACCAGGUUGUGUGUGACCAUUACCUUCACGGUGCUGGUCUUCUUAUUCUUUGGUCUGCCCUUUGGUAUCUAUUGGUUCCUCUUACAUCGGUUUGAGGAGUUGCAUAAAGUUUUCCCUUGCCAUACUAUACAAAUGACAAUUUUUGUAUCCUGCAUUAACAGCUGUACCAACCCCAUCAUUUAUUUCCUUGUUGGCUCUGUUAGGCACCGCAGGUUCAAGAGGCAGACUCUGAAGUCACUACUGCAGAGAGCCAUGCAGGACACUCCUGAGGAAGAAGGUGAAGAAAGGGGUUCUUCAAGAAAUCCUGGAGAACAGGAAACAGUCUGGUGUAGCAGUGGAGUGAGUCCUUGAUCACACACUGUUGUUUUGAAAAUCAAUAUGGACUCUAUUUAAAGGGGCCAUUUUCACAACCUUUUUCAAUUGGUUGAGAAAACAGCCAUUUUGUAAAAAUAGGGUGAAAUGGGGCUUGUUAAACAGAAACUGACUACAGCAUCUUAAAGCUUUCUUAUGUGGGCUCACUGCAUCUGCUUGUGAUGUAAUCUUUGUAACCAAAUCGCUUGAGGCCAGAACAGCUCCCAGUAUAAACAAACCCUUCCCUACAAAGAAGGCCCAAAGCAGUGCAGGGAAGGUUGUGAUUUCUUUGGUCAUUGAACUUGAUAAAUAUUAAAUGAAUAGUAUAUUCUAUAGAAAUGUCCCUAUUUUCCACAAGUUAUUUUCUAAAUGUUAAGAAAAAUUAAUUGAAAUUUCCACAAUCCCAGUUUCCUUCAUGAAUAUUGAAGCUUGGUAUGACUUAAUUGUUUCCUUCCCUUGGCAAUUUGUAUAGUAAUUUUCUGGAACCAUGAAAGUCUUACCACAGGAAAGAAAUUACAUCAAGAUCAGAUCAUCUGAGUCCUUUGACCUAAAUGUGAAGUAUGUUCUCAUCCACUAAGAAAUAACCAUUGAUUACAUCUAUAAUCCAUAUUGUUUUGGGAGUCACAAGGACUACACUGACUAACCAUUCAAAAGGAGGUUUCUCAUGCCAGGAACUGGUUCUGUGGGGAU